AAAAAAAGCCAACGAAAACUCAUCAAACAAAACAACAAAGACACGAUCACGUACAAAGAACACACAAGGAAAAAAGCAUCUCUCUAUUUUCCAGUUUCCUUCCAUUUUUUCCUUUAGAUCUCUCCCUCCAUCUAGCACAAACUCUUUGUAAGAAAAACUUACAUACACAAAAGUUUUAUCAUUGUUUUUUUUGGGUACAAACAGAGAUGGGUUACAAAAACAGAGCAGAAGCUGAAACAGAGGCAUGCUUAAACGAGGCUUUAUUGUUUGCUACUAUGUGUAUAAUUGGACUCCCUGUUGAUGUGCACAUUAGAGAUGGUUCUGUCUACUUUGGGACUUUUCACACUGCUUCUUUCGACAAGGAAAACGGUAUUGUUUUGAAGGAAGCAAGAUUGACUAAAAAGGGAAAAUCCAGUGCAAAUGUAGGUAAUGGGAGUGUGAUAGAGACACUUGUAAUUCUUUCAGUUGAUAUUGUUCAAGUUGUUGCUAAGGGAGUUCUAUUUCCAGCUGAUGGUGUCGCUGCAAAUAUAUCUGGUGACAAUGCAGAAGCUGCUGUAACCAAUGCUUCAUCUUCUGAGAUUGCAGUGAGUGAGGCAAAGAAAUCUAACAUGUUCACUGUGGACAGAAAGAAAUCUAAUCAAAACAGGGGUUCAGCCAAAAACAAGAAUGGUUCUUCUCAAGGUCUUAUGCUGACAAGAGCAGGGAAGGAUCAUGAAGGGAGAAAAAUGCCACCAAAUGACAUAGGAAAUGUCAUGGAAUUUGAACAUGGGAAAAGAGAUGGUGUAAAUAUCUCAAAGAGAGAAGCUUCUUCUGGUGACUCAGUUAAUGGAAGGCAGACUGGAGAAGACUGGUCACAGGGAGAGCAGGAUCUCUAUAAACAUAAGUUUGAGUUUCAAAGGGAAAAGAGUGCUGAUGAAGUUCAUAGCCCAAAUGCAAUCACAGGGCCUUACCUCAGUGAAGCAAAACGCGUUGCAGAAGGGCGAGUAACAGUGAAGCUGUUGCCUAACGGUGUAUCUUGUAAUUCUGCUGGUGAGCUUAUGAAGCCAGACAAUCAAUACUGUGGAAGGCCUGCUUCUGUGGGAACCACUUCUCCUAUUGCUCUUUGUGCAAGUGUUCCAACUUCUUCCAAUCCAACGGUUGAUGUUCCUUCAGAAUCACUCUGUAGUUCAUUAACAAAUUCUACUGAUGCAGUCUCUCCACGAAUCUCAGAAUCUAAUAGAAGCUCCAAGGCAUUCAAGCUCAAUCCAGGAGCAAAAAUUUUUUCUCCAUCUUUUUCCAAUCCUAUAUCAGGUACUGCUCCAGCAGUGCCAACAGCUGCAAGCAUGGCUUACAUACCAAGCAACUCUCCAGCGGUACCUGUUGCUGCUGUCCAGCCAGAAGUCGGGAUCCCUUUUGCACCUCGUUCAUCUGUCCCUGCUAAGUACCCCCCCUAUAGCAACUUGACAGCUGUAAAUGGUGGCAGUGGUUCUCAAUUUUUGCAAACUGUUGUUGGACACAUGGGAAGCAGAGCACAGCCACAGCCACUUAGAUAUUCUGGUCAGUAUCAUGCUGUUCAGGCAGCACCAGCAUUUGUGCCUCCAAAUUCUCAAUCUGUUAUGGUUGGACAACUGGGGCAGCUCAUGUAUAUUCAGCCAGUUUCUCAUGAUUUGGUUCCAAGCGCAGCAGCCAUAUCAUCUGUAUCUGCACGUCCUAUGUCAACUCCUCACCAAGUCCAAUAUCCUAAACACCAAGGUAUGAGAAAGGAAGUGCAGCUGGCCAAACCUUGCAGCUCUGUGUGGCUCCACCUUUUGUAGCUGGUGGACAACAACCAUUUGUAAUGCCAAGCCAUAUUCCUUUUCUUCAGCCACCUAUCCCUGCAAUUCGCCCCAUUCCAGUCCCAGGAUCCAAUACUCUUUUCAACACCAAGUUUCCAUGAGUAUAUUCCAUAGUGAAAUCAAGAUUCGUUUUCGUAAACAACAAAAUUUUGAUCCAUAGUUCUACUGAAAAACAUCGAGCAAUAGGCAAUUAGUUUCAUCCCUCAUUUUCAGGGUUUAACUCAUUUCAAUGAUUUCUUGUGAAACCUGAUUUGAGAGUGAUUUUUUAUUUGAUGAUCCAUGCUGUAAGACAUGAUGUAGGGGUGGUUUUCUGUUUUGGCGAAGAAUUAUGAGAAGUUACCCCCCCGGUAGAAGGAAGAAUUGCAUCUUGAAAAGUGAUAAUACAGGCCCAAAGGUGUAAAGUGUACAAUAUUGAGACAGAGGCAACAGCUACAAGGUUUUGAUACAAAAAGUCGGCGGGAUAAUUCAUUUCAUUUUUGGCUCAAUUUAGCAACAGUUUUAGGGUUCAUGUAGUGGAGAUUAUUGCUGAUUUGUUUUUAUUGCUGGAAAAUGUUGAGCGUCACCUUUUCCAUCGGCCCUAAGGUGUAGGCAUCCUUGUUUACAAUCCGUAGAAGCAAAGUUUACCAUCAUUUGAGUGAGAAGUGAGAGAUUUUAUAUCACUGGAGAUUUAUUUUCAUGGAAAUUACAAUGUCAUAUCUUCCCUUUUGUUCC